UGCAAUUCGUGAAAUAAAUUAUGGACUUGCUGCAAAAAUCUUUCUCCAAUUUAAAUCACGUUUUUGGGAAAAAACUCCUUCUGAAAUUGGUGCUAAUCCUACAACUUCUAAUGUUGGAAUUGUUGGUGGUAUUACUCACACUGACCUUCCUAUUCGUAUUUUGGUUUAUCCUUCAUAUUAUACAAAUAUAUCUGUCGAUGAUCGUGCAGUCCUUUUAGCAUCUUAUACUUGGGGUAAUGAUGCGGAAAAAUAUGGUCAAUACAGUGAUGAAGAACGAUUUGAACUUACAUUAAAAGAUUUAGCAACUAUUCAUGGUGACAUUGUAUAUAAAGAAUGGAUUCCAGGUAAAGAAAAUAAUAUAGCACAGUAUUGGCCAACUGAUAGAACUUCCGGAGGUGCUUAUGCAGAUUAUAGUGUCGCACAACUAGGAUCAUUAAUGGCUUCUAUGAUGAGACCAGAGGAAUCUAUUCAUUGGGCUGGAGAACAUACUGAUAUACAUUGUGCUUGGAUUGUUGCAUCUUUAAAUUCUGCAGUUAGAGUAGUAAAAGAAAUACUACUCGAAAAUUUAAUGGGUGAUAAAUGGUCUGAAUUGAAGAAUAUGAGAUUAUUAAAAUAUUGGAAUGGAAAUCUUGAGGCUUUUGAAGAAUAUUAA